AUGCAUUCCUUUGGUUACAGAGCGAAUGCUUUAUUCACCUUCGCGGUUACGAUUCUCGCUUUCAUCUGCGCCAUAGCUUCCUUCACCGAUACACUCAAUUCUCCGUCUCCUACUGUUGAAGUCAAGGUUUUGAAUAUCAACUGGUUUCAGAAACAGCCUAAUGGAAAUGAUGAGGUUAGCUUGACUCUGAAUAUAUCAACAGAUUUACAAACCCUUUUCACAUGGAACACAAAACAGGUUUUUGUAUUUUUAACCGCUGAAUAUGUAACUCCAAAGCAUGUCUUGAAUCAGAUAUCUCUCUGGGAUGGAAUCAUUCAGUCAAAAGAGCACUCAAAGUUUACAAUCACCACAUCGAAUAAAUACCGCUUCAUCGAUCAGGGAAGCAAUUUGCGCGGCAAAGAUUUUAACUUUACUCUGCACUGGCAUGUUAUGCCAAAGACUGGCAAAAUGUUUGCAAACAAGAUAGUCUUGCCAGGUUACCGAUUGCCCGAGGAAUACAGAUGA